AUGGACAGACAGCAAAAUACGAAUGACAAUCAGUCACAACAACCAGAACAGAAUCAAAAUAAUAACGGAUAUUCCGGGUUCUUCUUUCCGUUCACAUUUCUGUUCGGAGAACAACAAAAUCGAACAAGAAACCAACAAACGCCAACAUCACAAACAACAUCAAAUGACAAUCAAACCUCUACUAACGAAAAUGAUUCGCCUCAACAACCACAAGGACAAGUUCCUCAAUUUCAUUUCUUUGUACUCCCGAUGCCAGUAACACCAGGAGGAGAUGGUCAAGCAACCCCAAACAUUUUUUUCUUUACACCCUUAUUCAUGCCACAAGAAUCUCAAAAACCACGUGCUUCGGAAUCGGUCAUGAAAAAAUUACCAGUUGUCACCAUAACAAAAGAACAUUUAAAUGCAAAAGCAAGUUGUCCGAUUUGUUUCGACCUUUUCGGUGAACAAAAAGUAAACGCAACAGAAAAUGGAGAUAAUGAAGCUACAGUAACCACAGAACCGGUACGUAAGAUGCCAUGUAAUCACUUGUUCUGUGAGUCGUGCCUUUUCCAAUGGUUAAGGCAAAAUAAUACGUGUCCUUUAUGUAGAAAAGAAAUCGAAGCUGAAGGAGAACAACAGCAAACUGAUAAUAAUAGAGAUAAUAAUAAUGCACCUUUGAACGGUACCAAUAAUUCAAUGUCUCCGAACACGGAGACAGCGACGACCACACCGAUAAAUACAGCACAGUUUCACGUUUCAUGUUUAAGAACUUCUUUAUUAGUUGAGGGUUAUUCGCUUUGUGACAUCAAUUCGAUGUCACGAACGUUGGACUUUCAUUGUCCAACGUGUCGUGCUCCUGCAAUCCUGCAAAGCGAUGUGUUGAAAUUGGCUCCUGCUCCAAAUGAAAACGAAAAUGCAAUUUCUCCACGGAGUGAACGGCAGGACUUUUCAAUAUUUAACUUACCUAUAACUAUUCAUAUAUCGGAUUUAUCGGAUUCCGAUGAUAUGGACUUGGAUUAA